CCCGUAUUCAGAGUUUGAUUUGACAAAAUACCGUACAGAUUGUGUUUUAUUUAAUUUAUUACUGAUUAUUUUUGGCAUUGCGAAUGGUUUGGGACUGGUAGGCUCAUAACAGCAAUUGCAAUUUAUUUUGUGGAAUAAAUUCGAUAAUGUCUGGAAGAUCUAGGAAACGAAAUUCAAGAAGAUCAUCGAUCUUAAAGAAAAGUCCAAGCAGACAGGCACUUGACGAUCUUGAUACCAAUGUUGAUGUAACAGAAUACACAAGGUUUGAUAAUGUCACUAACACACAGACGAAAUAUUCCAAACGAGUGAGUUUUGCUGACACAAAUCAGAUUAAAGAAAUAUUCCGUGUCGCUGACAUUGCAAAAGACUGGCACGAUUCCUCUGCGUCUGAUAAUAGUCUUUCCAAGUUGCAUGAUCCGAGUAACCUCACUACACCUUUGAUAAAAAAGUCCCGCGACCUGCCAACAUCUGCAGACGGAGGAAGCAAAGAUAUAGAGAACUUAAUGAAAGGUCCAAUUGUUGGACAAGAAAAGGGAUCAAACAAGCUUAAUGAAACGUCAGAAUCCUGUGUAAUGGACAUGACAAAUAUCAGUGAUGUCGGAAUAAGAAUCAUUGAAACAGGCAAUGAAGCGAAACCUGACGUUCCGCAAAAGUUACCUUUCAACCCAGGGUUUUCGUUUUUUGAUAAUUCGAAAUUAGAUUUUGGUCAGACGUCUUCGAAAUCUCUUGAAGAUAAAGAGAACAUAAGAGUUGAAAUAUCAACAGAAUCUGAAGGUUACUACACAAAAGAUUUUCUUAAAUCACUGCAAUUGAUAGAAACGAAGCCAGACGAAAAAACAAAACCUAACGCUGAAGAAAAUGUGACGCGUCCGCACAUAAAUCCGCCUUCUUACGCCAUGUGUCUUGCUGGUGUGGCAGGAAGGAGAUCCAUAUUGGCUACCCCUUUGGAAACAUCGAAAAACGAAAAUGACGCUUCAAUGCCGGAACAAGUUACAUCAGAUUCUAAAAUUGUAAAAUCUAACCCAAAUGUGCCGAUGGACUUCAUGUCCGCUGACGAAGAUUUGAGUUUUACGUGUGUCGAUCCCAAAAAAACAGAAUUUGGUCGAAACGACUUAAUGAAUAACAUGCCUGCUCAUGAUACUACGAGUGGCGAAGAUCUAAGUUUCACUUGUGUUUAUCCGGGGAGAGUAGCAUCGUCACAAGAUAAAUUAACGGAAAACAUGACUAUCCUGGAUCCCUCCAGUGGUGAUGAUUUAAGUUUUACUUGCGUGAAUCCAGGGAAUUUACAAUCUACAAAAAUUGAACAAGAAAAGGACUCUUCAAUCUUGGAACCACCCAGUGGUAACGAUUUGAGUUUUACAUGUAUGGAUCCAGUAAAAGCACAAGAUAAAACUCGGAAUGAUGCGUAUCCCUUGGAUUCCUCUAGUGGAGAAGAUCUUAGUUUCACUUGUGUGAACCCUACGGUUGCAACGGCUAUGUCUAACGCAAAAGUAUCUAACACAGAUGCAAUGGAUUUUACUUGCACGACACCAGGCAUCUUUAACGCGGAGACGGAUUCAUCUGAAAAUGAUGACAUUUUUGUGCCAGACAAUCAACCUUCUUGCUCAAAUCCUGAUGAAAAAACGCGCUGUUUCGUUUUCGGUUCGGACGAGAUGGACAUCACUAGAACAGCAGAUAAAACUAUAGAUUGUGGCAAAGAGGACAUCCUAGUUCCUGAUACUCAACCAAUGAGUGGUCUCGAUAAUGACCCCACAAACGAGGAGAUUCUAGUUCCUGAAUCCCAGCCAAUGAGUGGUCCUGAGAAUGACCUCUCAAAUGAGGAAAUCCUAAUUCCUGAUACCCAGCCAAUGAGUGGUCUCGAUAAUGACCCUAUAAAUAUAGUUGGAAGUGGGGAUAUUGUAAACGAAACAGUUAUGGAAAUUGGGGCUGAAGAUCUCUCCCCUGAACCUAUUGUCGAAGGAGGUAUAGGCAGUAAUGGAGGCCCAAAUGAUCUAAAUAACAAAGACAUUCCGGACACACAAAUAGAAACUAUCCAAAAUGGAUUCAAAGCAGACUCAGCUUCAGAGACGUUACCUCAAAUUCGAAUUGGCUCUGAUACCCCACCGAGUGAUGAAACUGAGGAUAUUGACGUUUGGGAAACAUCGGCUUUUAAACGAAAAAUGGCUCGAGCAAGAAAUUCUAUCGGAUUAUACAAAGCGAGACAGGAGCGAGAAAAUUUACUGAAAGAGAGUUUGUCUGAAAUGAAAAGCCCCCCUGAAGCUAUGGAAGUAUUGCAAGAAAAGAUUAUUUCUCACCCUACUCUUAUAGUGGAAGAUACAGAUUUGGGUGUAAAUUCAAACCCUGUAUUUAACGGACCAACGAUUCCAGUUAUAAUUGUCCCUGAAACACCAAGUUUUUCAGAGAACGAAACCAACCAAGAAUUGCCUGUCGUGAACUCAUCAAAUUUAGGAACUCAGAAAACUGCUAUAAAAAGGCGUCAAAAUACAAGUAUUUUCUCAAGUGCGAAUACAGAAAAAUCGUCUCCUAAUUUAGAAGCAACCAGACCUCAUACUGGCUCAGUAAUAAAUCCAGUUGUUCCUUCGAAAGUUCCAAGAAUUUGUACAGAAGAAAUAGGAAGUGAUUCAAAUAUAAAAGGAAUAGAAAAAAGCAAAGCUGGUAACUCUGGGAAAGAGAUAAGCAAGGAAAACUGGCUGGGAGUUGGAAACAUUCAAACUGGCAUGAAUUCAAGUACCCUAAGUCAAGAUUCAGUCCAAUUACGAAUUGCAACUGCACUAGACAAGUCAAUAAUGGAAGAGAUCAACCGGAACCAGAUGCAGAAAAAGGACCAGAACAUCACGGUUGACGAAUUUCUACAGGACUAUGCCAACAUUAACAUUAAAAACCUAAGGAGAGCAAGACAAAGUAUUGUUGUGCCAUCGUCCGCAACUGAGCAGCCGAAAGGAUUAAAGGAAAUGUUCAAAGCUGUAAAUUGGACCGGAAAAGAAGUCGCCAUUAAUGAAUGUUUCGUGAAUGAAUUGAAGAAAAAAAUAGAAUGGUUGGAAGGAGAUAUUGCUAAAAUUGAGGAAGAAAUGAAUAAAAACAAUCCAGAGAUUUUCAACAAAGUUCGAAUCGGAGGAGACGAAAGUGAGGAACUCUGUGAGAAGCUGCAGAAAAUGUUCUCAUGUUGCAAAAUGUUGGGAAAGGCAUAUUGGAAGAGAGAUGCUUGCAAACUGUACAAAGGAUUACAUCAAGCUUCGAAACAAUAUUUAGAAGAAGAUUUAACGCCUGUGACUUCUAAGUUAGGAUUGCCGCAAGAUUUAAUAGACGCGGCACUGAAGGAGAUAGAAGAAGCAAACAAAAACCUGGAUGAAAUGAUUGAAAAUUACGAAAGCAGAGAAAAACCUCCAGCAGAGGAACAAGCUAAUUUGUAUGAAGAAAACCAAACGAAGCUUGAUGAAUUGGAGAAAGAGCAUGAGGAACUCCAGAAUUGGAAGCUGACAUCCACCAAAGAAAAAUCAGAAAGACAAGAAAGGAGACAAAAAUUGAUAAACAGGAUUUUAAAGGGGAAUAAUGAAGAAAACGAGAGAAGGAAGAAGCAUAAAGAAGUAACUGAAGCCCUAAAAUCAUGGCGAAGGUACUGUCAGUGGAGGAUAAAAAUUCACUCAGAGAGGAAAUUGGAAUUCAGCUUUCUUUAUAGAUCAUUAUCUCUAACUGUUGAAUUUGAAAAUGAAGUUGGGAAAUUUGAAGCCGGGAAUAAAGUUGUUUCUUAUUUGCUGAAAACCAAUACAUUGCCAGGAAACGUAAUUCGAUCAGAAGUAGAAAAUUUUAAAAUGUAUCACAAGUUCUUCAAAAACUGUAUCGAUUUUUCUCAAUUGAAAGAAAAAUAUCCAGAUUUUGCUGCUUUGAAAAUGCUCCUACGACAAAUGUCCAUUCUCUCCUCAGCAAUUGAUGAAUUGAUAGAAGACGUUGACUGGAUAUCAUGCCAGUUUGGAUAUUGUUCAUGCCAUGUUACUUCCGAAGAUUGUUCCAUUACUGUGUGGAUUCGGCCAACAAUGACUGGAGUUGAUGGUUUCAACAUAAAGUUGUUCUUUACAAAUCAUGACUCAGCUCUGGGCGAUGACUUGGUACUUUCUGUUCUUAAAAACGGAUGCCAGAUCUCAUCUCAUGAAUUCAUACCUGGAAGAAGACAGUUGAAACAUGUUGGAAAAGCUGAGGUUGCUUCUAUGCUUUCAUCCGUGGCACCUGGGAGACAUCACCUGAAAAGAUCAGUCCAAACGGUGUUGAAAGGAGCCAACAAUUCAGAAUGAAGUUCCAAACUCUUAAAAGUUUAUUUCUGACUGCUUCAGCUUUGGUAGAGUUCAGAGAGUUUAUUUUACAUGAAAUGAAGUCACAUUGACAAAAUAACUCUAUUUUUGAUAGUUUGGAAAUGAAAAUUGAUGUUUCUUGUUAAUUUCAUUGAAAAAUGAGGGUGCCCCAGGAGUGUGUGUACCAAUUUUGUUCGCCUACUUCACAUGAAAUUGUGUAAAGAGACUGAAAACCUAGUUACUCCUGAAGUAUGUGUACCAAGG